AUGGCAGACGAUGGCCCCUCAGGAUCUGGCCCUCCUCAUGUGUGGCAAACCGGCGCGCAGACCCUUGCGCCAUCUCCUCACAGCAACCCCACCGAUGAGGUGGUUAUGACCCAUGAGAUCAGGUCUUCUUUCAACCACCAAUUCAACCGUAAGAUGAUCAACCAGUAUGAAUUUGACCAUCGCGUCGGUAGGGGGCAGCAUGGAGAGGUCUAUCUCGCCCGGGAUACAUCUAAGGGUAGCGUGCUUGUCGCUGUGAAAGGCGUGCGUCGCAAAAAUAAGCAAGACAGACUCAACAAGCUCAGGAAACGAAACAUCCCAAGUACGCCCCAUCUUCCUCUUACCGACCAACUUGGCAGCACGGAGCACAAGAUACGCAAAGAGAUUGCGAUAAUGAAGAAGUGUCGUCACCCUCAUGUUGUACGACUGUUGGAGGUCAUUGACGAGCCGUUGGGCGAGAAAAUUUGGAUGGUUAUGGAGUAUCUCGGUGGUGGAGAGAUUAAAUGGCGUACCAUGGGGGAUGAGCCCGUCCUUCGUGUUGACCAGACCAGGCGUAUAUGUCGUGAUGUUAUCUUGGGUCUUGAAUAUUUGCAUCAUCAAGGCAUCAUACAUCGCGACAUCAAGCCUGCUAAUCUCCUUUGGACUGCCGAUAGGCGUACCGUCAAGAUCACGGAUUUUGGUGUCUCCCAUUUUUCUUACGCGCAGCGACUCGCUGCUGCGGGUGCAGGAACACUUUCCGCCAAUGACACGGAUCCCAUACUCAUGGACGACUCCGACCUCUCUAGGACAGCAGGAACACCAAUGUUCCUCGCACCAGAGAUCGUCAGCGACACAUCGGGGGACAUGCUCUCGUCGGCCGCAUCUUCUUCGAGCACCACGAUACAAUCACCCAUUAGCCGAAGGAAACCUCCGAUCACCAAGGCCAUUGAUGUCUGGGCAUUUGGGGUCACUCUCUAUGGGCUACUGUUUGGACACCUGCCUUUCCAAGCUAACACUGAGUAUGAAGUAUAUCAAGUAAUUCGGAGGCAGGACUGGGACGUAGAUCCAACGAUGGGCUCAGAUAAGCUGCCGACCGGUGGGAGGCACCAGAAGCCUCUGCCGAAAGGGCAAGAGACGGAGGGGUACCUCGUUGUCAAACUUCUGGAACGACUGCUCGAGAAGGAUGCCAAGAGACGAAUAACUCUGGACGAAGUUAAGAGGCACCCCUGGAUUCUCAGAGACAUGGCGAAUUCACAGCAGUGGCUUCGCGAAACUCAGCUUGACCGACACGAGUCCCUUGAACCCACGGCUGAUGAGACAAGCUCUGCUAUGUCUGCCGUCCGCUUUCGCUGGUCGGCGCGUCUCACGCAUCGCAUCUCGCAUAUACUUCGCAAUGUCCGUCCCCAACGCUCUUUUUUCUCCAAUGCCUCAAGGGACAAUGACGAUAAGCACGUCGGUGUGCAGUCAGCACCCCACAUUAGCUUGAGCAGGCACCGGACUACAACAGGUGUCCCCCAGAGGCCGCAUUCGCGGGACAGGGACCGGGGCCGCGAGCCGAGAGAUAAGGGGAAGCAACGCCUGCAGCAGCGCAUCGACGUCUCGCGGAACAAGUCGACCACAGAUGUGAGCGCGCGUUCAUUAAAGGGGUUUGAACCCUGGGCUGCGUGGGCCUCGGCGAGUGCGUCGACUUCUGCUCAGGGAUCGGUGCCAAAGCAGCGGCGCGGGUCUUUGUCUUCUAGAACUGCCGGAAUGACCCUGGAAGUACCUUCAGGGCCGUCCCGUGUCGGGUCUCCGCAGCCAUCUCCCGUGUCGUACAGCCAGGCGUCGACUCCCAGCGGGGAGGGGUCCGGGGCUCAAUCACCGGACGACCGCCCUCGAAGUCGGUUAUCACUGUCAACGUGGAUGCGUUGGCGCAGGCCAGUGCCAGUGCUUGCACAAGACCCAACGUCAUCAGUCUCAGUUCGAAGGUCAAGGAGUGGUCGCCUCUCACGUCGGAGUGAGGAUGCGUUCAACGUGGCCCUGCCGUCACGCCAGAGUACUGCGGAAGGUUCGUUGACGUUUGCCAUGCGUGCAGCGAGCUGGGGUGACGUUCCAGGCCACGCAUACCCACCCGAAGAUCUAGCAAGCAUAUACUCUGGCGAACGUUUCGAGGAUAUGCUUGACGAUGAUACGCUACUACUUGGCGCUGGUGGUGUUGCGCAGAGCCCUAUCCCUUCGAUUCGCAGCAGCGGCAUGUUGAGCACGGUCUCAUCCAUGAGCUCGCUCAGCCCUGUUACCUCUGGACCUGCGAUAUCAGCUGCCCACGCGAUCCUACAACGUUCUGAGGUCGGUGAGCUUGCCUCGACCCCAGAUCCAGCAGUUCAGAAUGCAGCCGCUUUGGCGAGGCACGGCCACUCUCGUUCACGAUCGCGAACGACCAGUCCGCUUGCGCAGAUUUCCUACAAUUCUGAAUCGUCCAAUAUCCACGAUGUAGUUCGUGGCGAGCCGAAAGACUAUGACUCUUCGUCCAGUGUUGACCAUGAUUCUCGUUCUUCGAUACUUUCUUAUAACGAGGUGGAAUACCAGCCAAGCACUAGCCAAAGGUACCGAGAGGAAGAUAAUGAGAGCGAUGACGAGGAUCAAGUUCGUCUCGAGGUUCGACCGCGCCGCCCUUCUGCUUCCCGCUCGCCGACUCGAAAGUCUGAGACGCCACAUAGAGAGCGGCCUAUGAUUUGUAUAUAG